UCACAAUUCUACAAUCCGGGGCCCAUCGAAUAUGAUGGCCUGGGCGGUGCCAGUAACGCAGGCCGGCCCGCUGGUGGCGGCGGUGGCGAUAGCGGCAGUAUCACCGCCAGCAGUGAGAGCGCUGGCGUGGACGACAACAGCGGCAAUGACCUCGGCAGCCGACGCCGGCACUUGCAACAACAGCAGCGACAACAGCAAGAACAACAAGAACAGCAGCCGCAGCCGCAACCGCAGGAGCAGCACCCCUCUGCGGGUGUCCCAGCUGCAGCUCCUGCGGGCUUGUCACGACCGCCGCCGGGGCUGCCGUCAACACCGUCGACGACACCACAACAUCAAGCCCCGCUGGACGCCUGGGUGGUCGCCGGCGAGGAGGUCGGCGCGGUAUUCACCAUGGGGCUAGGCCAGGAUCUGACGAGCCUAGUACGUCAGGAUAGCGCCGUACAAUGGAGCGACCUGCUGCCGCCGUACGAGUACAGCCUGUACCGGAUGGGCGGCCGCGCCAUGGCGCUGCCGCUGGGGAUCAGUGCAAACCUUCUGUACUACAAUCGCGCGAUACUGGAUUCGUACGGCGUAUUGCCGCCGCAGACGUGGCCCCAGCUGCUGGAGGCUGCAACGCGCCUGACAGGAAAGGACUUGGAUGGCGAUGGUGCGCCCGACUACGGCUUGUGCCUGGUGUCGUAUUCUUCGUAUCCCGCACUACAGCGUCUGACGCCGACGCCGCUAAUGCUGCAGCAGCAGCAGCAGCAGCAGCAGGGAAACGCCACCCGCGCCGCGGCUUUCGUAGACGACCUGAUGCCGCUACUGCUGGACGUGUGGGUCUCCCUGGUGCAAACCGCCGGACCGCGCCAGGGCGUUUGGUUCAAGCAAGACUGGGACCUGCGGCCCUGGAUAGCCGGUGCCGCCAUGCAAGAGGCGUUGCGGAUUAUGGCAGCGCUGCGCAACGCCACGCCGCCACCAGAAUCAGACGGCGGCAGCAGCAGGAGCAGCAGCGAUGGCCACUUGGUGCAGUUCCUUGCCGGCCGCUGUGCGUUUGCCUUCGCACCAGGGCUAUCUGUGCUGAAAGCCCUGGCCGUGGCUGCGGCUGCGGCGCCGCUGCCGCCGCCGCUGUACGGCCGGCUGGGUGCCGUACCACUUCCCGGCAGCGCCGCCACCUGGCGCCUCUCCACAGACACACUGGUUCCUUGUCAGCCUCUGACGUGUCCCUUUGCGGAGGCGAUCCCCGCGGGUCAGCAGUCUGCGGCGGCGGCGUCGGCAAGCGCUGGCGGCGGUGCGGCCGUACCGCCAGCGACACUGUUGGUAAACCGCGCACAGUUCGUUUGGGUCCCGGCGGCAGCGGUGCUGGCGGCGCGCACUGCGCCGUCGGCAGUGGCACGGCAGCUGGCACUGUAUGCGAUGUUCACUUCGUCUUUGACACGCGAGCAGGCCAUGCGGGACGUGUUGAACCCUGGGACAGCCAUGGAUCCGUUCCGCUACUCGCACCUGUCGCUGGAAGACUGGGUCGCUGCUGGUUAUCACCGCAGCGAUACAGCCGCCGCCCUGACGGCGUACGGCAGUGUUAUGUCAUUCCGCAACUUCGCACUGCCCCUCGCCGUUCCGGGGGCAUCAUCCUACCUGGGGGCGCUGCGGACUUUGACGGAGGCCUAUCUCCGGGAAGUGGACGCCGCCGCCAAAUUGGGGACCGCCGCGGCGGAGGACGCCGUCACCGCGGCCUUCGCUCCGAACACUGAGUCCGCCUUAGCCAACUUUGUGGCGUAUGCUCGUAGUCUGAGGACGUGGACGCGGCUACCAGAACCGCCCGCCGAAAACAUGCUCCCCGGAGCGAGAGUGUGGGGACCGCAGGACGCAGUGGGGGCGGCUGCAAGUGGGAGGGUGCGGCUUGCAGGCUGGGCCCUGGCGGCAGUUGCGCUGCUGGGCGGCUUCGUGGGGCUUAUUGCAGGCCUCCCCGUGUCGAACCUGCUGGCCAAGUGUAUCCGACACGGCUGGGACCAGCGCGUCAUAUGGAUCGGCUCUGUAGCGCCGCCAGCGCCGUCGCCUGACUUGACUAUCCUGCUCAGUGACAUAGAGGGCUCCACUACCUUGUGGGAGGAUCUGCCCGCUGUCGUGAUGGACUCCAGCAUCAGACUACACGCGCACGCGAUUCGGAAGCUGCUGCUGCUGCACCAAGGCACCCCUGCUGAUGCACUCGCCUUCGCCGUCCAGCUACAAGAGGCCCUCCUGUCUCUGCCCUGGCCGCGCCAGCUGCUUCAGCAGCCACAUGCCGCGGAGCUGUACGUGGCUCCCAGGCUGCCGGGAGGCCGUACUGGCUUUUGGGGCGAUACGGCUGCAAGCCAGCUUCCCAGCUGGGUCAAGGCGGCGCCGCUGGCUCAGCAGCAGCAGCAGGAGGAGCAGCAGCAGCAGCAGCAGCAGGUGCCUGAGGGGAGGUCAGCGGGCGGCGCGUUCGGACAGGCACAAGGAGGCGACGGCGACAGCGACGGCGGCGGCAGUGGUGUUCUACUGGUCCCGGAGGUGAGCGGGGGCCAUCCCUACGAUGUGGACAUUGUCCCUCGGCGGUUCGCGUCAGGGUCUUCGCCACUUGCGGCGCCGAGAGGCUGUGGCGGAGGCGGCCGCGGCGGGGCAGGCGUGGCGGCGCCUGCGCCCUGCGCACAGCAAUGCUCCGGCGGCGGCGGCGCGGGUGGCUGCGGCGAGCAUUGCCAGUGCCGUUGCCGGCGGCGCAUCGUCAGCGAGGUGGGCGGUGCACUCCAUCAGUCGGCGAGGCGCCUACAUCCGUACCAGGAUCCGCAAUAUCACGACGAAUACGGCCGUCAGCAGCCGCAGCGGCCGCAGCAGCCGCACCAGCCGCAGCAGCCGCAGCAGCCGCAGCAGCCGCAGUGCCACCCUUUUUCGGGAGCAGAGGGUAAUCGCCCUCAAUCCGGCGGACCUGUCCCGACAACAAGUACACCUUGCGAGCCUGCCAGUUCCACUUUUAGCCCUUGCUCCCCGCCUCGAGGAAUCUCAUCAUCACGUCUGCGCUUUCUUUCAGUUCGCGACGCGGCUGUCUCCUCCCCGUCUAUAUCCGGGGGUCGACCUCCUCCAGGCCUUAUGGCUGCACCCGCGGCGCUAGCUGGGACAGCACGGGAACUGCCAGUCGUACUGAGCCAAUCCGUCAGUUCUCCUCCGGACCUGCAGCCGUCGCCGGCGGUGGCGACGGCGGCGGCAGCGGCGUCGAUUGGCGACAUUGGCGCACUUGCACGACGGCUGACGGUGAGCAUCCGCACAGCGGGGCGCAUGGAUGGCGCUUCCGCGGCAACGCUGACGCCAAGCAAUAGGAUUAUCCAAUCGGCAGCAGCUGCCGCCGCCGCUGCUUCUGCCGUCACCGCCGCGUCGCACGCCUCCGCCGCUGCAAUCGUAGCCCCGUGGCCACUAUUCAAACUCUUCUCCUCACGAGUCGUUGCAGUGGAUGACCGGGAUGUUGAAGAUGUCUGCACCGCCAGUCGCAGCGGCAGCGCCGCCGCCGCCGGCGUCGCCGCCACCGCCGCGGUCACGCUGCACGAUGGGCCUAGCGGCAGCGGCCUGGGGACUUGCAUUACUACCCGGGGCGGUACGGCAGCUGCCAGCGUCCCAGAGUCUGCCGCUACCGCUGCUGCUGGACGACGCCAUGCUGCUGGCGGCGGUGCUGGCGGCGGCCGGCCUGGUGGUGGUGCCGCUCGCGUGCCCGGUCCGCGAGACUUCCGCGGCCAUGUGCUGUCGCAGUUCCGUCCCUGCACCUCGAGUGCGCCGGGUGCGGUCUGUGUGUACCGAGGCCUGAGGCUGCGUCUGGGGCUCCACUGCGUGGGGGAGGAGAGUCUUGGAGCUGAGGGGUCUCAUGGUGUGGAGCUGAGGCCUAAUCGAGCGUCUGGAAGAGUCAUCUACGGGGGACUGGCAAUGUCCGUUGCACGUGCGAUCUCCAACACCGGCCAUGGCGGUGCUAUCAUCCUAAGUGACAUCACCCGGAGACGUCUUGCGGCGGCUGCGCCGGCAGCGGCAGCGGCAACUGCUGAAACAGGAGCAGCAGCAGCAGCAGCAGCAGCAGCAGCAGCAAUAGCAGUAGCAAGUCCCAAGCAGGUAGCGGUUGCGGAAGAUCUGGGUCUGGUAUGUACAUCAGGGCCGCCAUCAGCACCACGACAACCACCACAAGCACCAGCACCAGCGCCGGCGGCACUGCUAUCGGUGCUUGACUUGCCCGAAUCGAUAGCGGUGGGUGAGGCAUUGGAGCUGGCCGGGGGUGAGGAUGUAGCUGGUUACAGCUGGAAAGGCACUGCAAGGGGCGGCAGCUAUGGCGGCGGUGGAAUGGUUGCAGACAGCAGCGGCGGCGGCGGCGGCGGCAGCAGCAACAACUACAGCCCUGGCAAUGGCUCGGCGGUGGAUGUGGGGUUGGUCAGCUCCGGUCGAUGUGAAUCUCCUUUCAAGGCGUCAGCGCUGCAGAUAUGUACGCCCAUGCACGUCCACCACCAGCAGCACCAGCGGCAGAAGCAACCGCGAGCCGUCUCUCCGGCGGUGGCGGUGGCGGAAGCUACAGCCACGGCGGUAUCAGCAGUAGCACCAGCACCAGCACCAGCGGCGAGGUCCUCAGCGAUGGAAAGCGAGGGGAGUUUUGGAACGCCGUUGUUCCAACUGGUGGGGGGCCCCAGGGCCUUUCUGGCCAUUCGGGCGGCACUGCAACCGCCGCUAAGCCGUGCUGGAGCUUGCGUCGCUUUGGGUACAUUAAGUGCACCUCUGGAGUCCAUGGUGGCGGUUUCGGAGCUCCGUGCGCCAGGCUCCUCUAUACUGGCCGCUUGGAACUGCGACGUGUUCGAUCAAAGCAUGGAGCUGAUGAUGGGCUGUUGCCGCAAUUUGGCAGCUCGACGCGGAGUGACGCUGGUGCACGAGGGCGGCUCCAGGGUGCAGCGCAGCACCGGUGUGGUGGCAUUGGGAGUCUGUGCAGACGCUGCAGCGCUGGUGCUGUGGGCAUUAGACUGCCAGGCGGCAAAGUUGGAGCUACCGUGGCCGUUGGAGCUUUUGGAGCAUGAGUUUGGUGCGGUGCGCGCGGGCCAACCCAACAGUUGCAGCAGCGGAACCUGCGGCGAGAAUGUCGGCGGGUCGGAGACCCUGGGGCCCCGACGCGACGGUGUCCGGAAUGGCAGCCUGGGGCUGGCGGCCACCUCUGCCACCUCCCGUACCAGCAGCGGCACUGCCACAGCACCCGCCAGCUCCGCCCUUGGCUCGUUAGCGCGUAAGGCCGUAACUGAUGCCACUUGGCGCUUCGGCAGCCGGCGUCCGUGGCGGCAGUCUGAUUUCAGCGGCGACGGAGGACCUGGUGGCGCCGGCGGCGGCGGCAGCGGCAGCGGCGGCUGCUCGGAUGCAGGUUUCUAUAACAUCAGAGCCGCCGCUGCAGCCACCGGCGGCGGCGGCGGCGGCGGCGGAGUCAGCUGGCAGCUUUCUGGCAGGAUCGGCCGCCGAGCGGUUGCGGUUCGUGGCGCGGGUAUGUGGCGGUGGAGUGCUCUGCGUCGCCGCCACGAACUGCAGCAGCAACAACAACAACAGCCGGAACAGCACUAUCUGCCGUACUUGCCCCAUCACUUCAUGGUCCCACGGGUCACAGCACCGGGACCUGGCCCCGCCGCGCUCAUUCCAGAGAUGCCAUCCACUGUACCAUUGGAGGAGCCCCUUAGAGCCGCCACUACAGCCACAGCUACUGCCGCCGCCGCUGCUUCCACCAUCGCAGGAACUCCGCUCCCCGCUGCCUGCGUCAGCAGUGUCGCCUCCGCUGCUUCCGCCGCCGUGGCCGACAGCGCCGCUGCCACUGGCUCAAGGGAGGGGCAGGGGGAGGGAAGCUACACGACCAACUGCGGCGUGUCAGGAACUUGUCCGGGCCGCAUCCCAAUGGCGGCUGACGAGGCGGCGGUGAUGGCGGCGGCAGCGGCGGCACGCGGGGUGUUCUUCAAAGUAAAGGCCGUCGACAGCAGUAACAAGAGGAAGGGCGCGCAGGCCAAGAACGACCGCUUGCCGACGCUGACGGCGGAGUCGGCCUGCACGUACGGUGGCGCUGCCGACGGCGCCACCGCAUCUGUUGGAGCAGUUUUCGCCGUACAAAGGCCUAGGAGCAAGGGCGGCGAUUUACAUUUCAUGGCUCGGCCGCAGGAAGCAGCCGGAUCGUCUGCUGUUGCUACUGCUGCUACUGCCGCUGUUUGUAAUGAGAUUGAUGCUUCUACUGCGGACCGCGCCGUGGCUCAGGCUACGGCUGAAAGCGCCUCGAGGAACUUGGACCCCACGGCCCAGUGGGAGGCCUGGGCGCCAGUCGGCGGCGGCGGAGAGGGCAAUGAGGCAAGUGGCGGAAUAGACAGCUUUAGCGGCGAUGGCGGCGAUGGCAGCAGCAGCUGGAUCCAGCUGCGAGCCCCCAGACGCGACCGCGAGCUGCCCGGUGAACCAGGGCAUUGUCAUCAAGGGCGUCCGUCAUCGAGGAAAUUCGUUCACGUCACGAGCUGUGACGGUGGCGGCACCGCCGCUGCCGCUGCCGGCAGGCGGCUAUCAUUUCUAACGACCUUCAGUGGCCUCCGUCACGACCAUGUCUAUGGUCGAUUUCCCAUCAGCGGAUCUCAGUUGGCGCUGAUGAAGGUUGAGAGCAGUCGGUGGGGAAGUUGUGCUUUGCUGGCGCCUCAGACGGCGGCGACGGCGACGUUAGCGGCGGUGUUGGCGGCGCCGACACCCGUGGUACCCCGCCGCCGCAGUGACAACGUCUCAACAAAUGGCGCCGAUGCUGGUGCUGGUGCUGGUGCCGGUGCCGGUGCCGGUGCCGGUGCCGGUGCCGGUGCCGGUGCCGGUGCCGGUGCCGGUGCCGGUGCUGGUGCCGGUGCCGGUGCCGGUGCCCGUGCUGGCGGCACACUAAGUCGCGCACGGAGUUUCACGUGCACCGCGCGCAUCGCCAGCGGCGGCUGCGGCGGCCGCAGCGGAGGCGGAGGCGGCGUGUAUGGGUCCGGAGGCAGAGCUAGGCGCCGCAGCCUAGCGCUGGGGGCCCUGCGCCGCCGGGACGUCUACAACAGCGCCCGCGUGCGCGGCGGCAGCGGCUACGGAUACCGCAUAGGGCCUGCAGAACCGGCCGCGUCGGUUGCGCUUUUGGGAUCGCCGCCGCGCCGUCUUGACUGCUCCGGCGCCGCCACCGCCGGGCGGAGGCCUGUGCCUCGCCGAUACAGCACCAAUCUGCUGAUAAGACAUGUAUUAUAUGUCGUACCAUCCGCCGGUGGGUCAGCGACUGGCGACGGCGCGUUGGCCUCAGCCGCCGCUGUCGCCUCCGCCGGUACAGGGCCUGCGGAAAACAUCAGCCGUGCGGCUUCACAAAGCCCAAAAGGCGACGCCGGAUGGGGCGCUCGUCCGCGGCCCCCGGAUAAGAUUGACAGCCCGGAUAAUCAGCCCACAGCUUUGCCCCACAACUCCUCGGGAAGGUCACCUGACGGCCCUGCCAGCACUGGGAGCCGCUCCGGGAAUGUGUACGACAGCAGCGGCCACGCUGCCGCCGCACGCAUUGGCGACGGCGGCAGCGGCGGCGGCGGCGCCACCGAAAACCUCUGCAGGAACCAGGCCAUCGAACCCGCGGCCUGUACCACCACCACCACCACUGCAGCAACGUAUGAAGUCCACGGCUGGUCGCCCUCCCCCACGUCGCCGCAGCAAAACCCUCUGAGUCUCGGCGGUAGCGCGGAUGCCAAACCAAUACUGCAACAGCAGCAGCAGCAGGACUCUGCAAUUGAUGAUGAUGGCACUGCGAAGUCGCUGCUACAGCCGGCGACAGCAGAGGCAACGCCGGUGAUAACAGCCAUGAUGAGGUCGCUGGCUCCGUCUGCAGCUGCGGAUGGUCGAGUCAGCGAUGGCCGCAACAAACACCCCCACCUCAACAACCGGAGCCAGCACCCUGGUGGUGGCGGCGGCGGCGGCGGCGUCGUAGAAGGCCUGCUCUUAUCAGAGGCACCCGCCGCAGAGCUGACCGCGCCGGUAGCUGCAGGCCCCACUCGGAACGGACCGAUGCGGGGGAUAUCGAGGCGCGGACCUCCCAUACGGCCCACCCAGGGGAGUCUCGGCGCCAGUGGCGGCGGUUUGGACGCCCCGGUGGUCUGGCGGGAGGCGUCGCGGGGAACGGAGCCCGAUGCGUCCGCAGCGCCAGGGGCAUCCUUGUCGUACGGAGCUCCCGCCGCCGCCACUGGUAAUGGUAUGACGGAUGUGGCUACCGCUACCGCUACCGCUGCCCCUACCGCUACCGCUACCGCUACCGCUACCGCUACCGCUACCGCUACCGCCGCCGCCGCCGCCGCCGCCGCCGCCGCCGCAGGCCGCCUGGUAUACCGGGGCCUGCGGCUCAAGGGCGCGGUCGACGUAGGGAGGGUGCAGCUUCUGGUCACUGAGGCAGCCGUACGGAGCGCCUGCCGGCUGGCGACUGAUGUCAGCCUGGAGGCGGUGUAUCACCCGCCACCGCCACCGCCACCGCCACAACCACCGGCCGCAUCUGCGGCAGCGGCGCCAGGCGCGUCGAUGCCCUUUGACGCUGUUCUACACCAACAUGUGCCGCCGCCUUGCGACGGCGACGCCCGUCACCCGCUGCACCUGCUCCUGAACCGCGGCGGCGGCGGCGGCGUCGGCGGUAGCGCCGCUCAUUUGCCGUGCAGCGGCGCCGGAAGUAGAGCAUCCGAAUUUGGACACGGAAGCGGCCCCCGAGGCGCCAGCCCGACUUCAUCGCGCCUCAGUCGGCUGGGCGUCGCCGCCAACCAAGAUGUCGCUCCAUGCCCCUUCCUCGGCGGCAUGGCGGGCGCCGUCAGUGGCGCCGUCAGUGGCGCCGUCACUAACCCCACCAGCCCGGUGGAGGUCCAGUCACCACCUGACAUGUGGCCGGCCCGACUGCAGGAGGUAGCCAACCGGACACGCCGCGGAAAGAUUCUUUCGGCGCAGCAUAAUGUGCCGUACUUCUCCGGACUGUCCUGGCCGUCGGGACAACCUCCGAUGGCGGUAGCGCCUGACGGCGCCGCUGCCGCCGCCACCGGCUUGACGACAUGGGACGGGGCGGAGUCUGCCGCCGCGGCUGGUGGUGCCGUUGAGGGUGGGGUCAGUGUGGAUUCCGCUGCCGCCACCUCCGCCGCCGCCGGCGGCUUGACGACGGCUUCGGCGGUGGAGAUCACAGCAGUACUUGGCGGGGAUGCACCCUGGCCGCUGCAGCACCCUUCUUCGCCGGUGCACGGGCGUGAGAGCAUGGCGGGGAGCGAAAUCACGUACGGCAGCGAGUUCACAGCGUACGGGGACAGUCGACCGGGAAUACUUCCGGGCAUUGACGGCAUCACCGUUGCCAGCGGCGCCGACAGCCCUUUGCAAGCCGUCCAGCAGCCGCAUCGCAACCACAACGGCAACCCCCAGCACGCUAGCCACCAACAUGCCAGUGCCUUCCGGGCCGGCCUCAACAACCUUACACAUAUGUUUACUCGCAUCAGCCACAUGGACUCAGCUGCCCACGGCCGCCAUGCCAAACCGACGGCGGCGGCGAUGGAGGCAGCUGCAUCUUCUGGCCAUAUCGGCAGCGGCGGCGUGCUGCCGCCGCCACCGCCAGGUGCCGUACUGGAUGAGCGAGGCAGCGUUAGCCUGCGGCUGUGUGUACGGCAAGGAGGGCUUGCCGGUGAUAUCUCCUGGGUUCCAGCAGCGGCUGUCACCGGGUACGGCACGAGUUCAUGUGCCUACAGCGCCAGCAGCGGCGGUGGGGCCGGCGGUCGCGGCUCCUUACAGGCGGCGGCCUGCGCGACUGAAGGGUUGUGGGUGCUGGUGCUGGUGCUGGUGCUGGUGCUGGUGCUGGUGCUGGUGCUGGUGCUGGUGCUGGUGCUGGUGCUGGUGCUGGUGCUGGUGCUGGUGCUGGUGCUGGUGCUGGUGCUGGUGCUGGUGCUGGUGCUGGUGCUGGUGCUGGUGCUGGUGCUGGUGCUGGUGCUGGUGCUGGUGCUGGUGCUGGUGCUGGUGCUGGUGCUGGUGCUGGUGCUGGUGCUGGUGCUGGUGCUGGUGCUGGUGCUGGUGCUGGUGCUGGUGCUGGUGCUGGUGCUGGUGCUGGUGCUGGUGCUGGUGCUGGUGCUGGUGCUGGUGCUGGUGCUGGUGCUGGUGCUGGUGCUGGUGCUGGUGCUGGUGCUGGUGCUGGUGCUGGUGCUGGUGCUGGUGCUGGUGCUGGUGCUGGUGCUGGUGCUGGUGCUGGUGCUGGUGCUGGUGCUGGUGCUGGUGCUGGUGCUGGUGCUGGUGCUGGUGCUGGUGCUGGUGCUGGUGCUGGUGCUGGUGCUGGUGCUGGUGCUGGUGCUGGUGCUGGUGCUGGUGCUGGUGCUGGUGCUGGUGCUGGUGCUGGUGCUGGUGCUGGUGCUGGUGCUGGUGCUGGUGCUGGUGCUGGUGCUGGUCCUCCUCCUGUCGCAGGACCUGUAG